AAGAAAGUUGCUGGAAUUCUCAUCCUUCCCUUUUGCUGACAUAGGAAUAUUUUAUUUUCUGCAUGUUUAACACAUUCCGGACGUAUCUUUGUCUGGGUUAAUGCCUAUGUUGCGUUUUGGGACCGUUCGUUUCGAUUUUCCAGCUUACUGCGUCACUCCACCUGAUGUUGUAUUAUUCCUGGAUCUGGUUCUCUUAGUGCAUUUCAUUCUUUCAUGGAGCGUUGGAGUGGAAUCUUAAAGGUCCCACUGUACCCUAAUAGUAAGUCUCACUACAGAGUUGCAGUAUCCCUCUGCCUAGCAUCUUCUUUGAAAUCUCUAACUAUACCUUCUGCAAAUGCAAUCCUCUUCAAUGGGGAUCGAGUUGAAGGCACUGGAAAUCCAGUGAUUGACAGGCUGUCAGAUUUACAGAGAAUUGCUGAAAUUCUGGUUUCAAAGUUUGGUUCUUCUGUAAACGUUUGGGUUAUUGAAGCAUCCACUUUUAAUGGGCCUUUUGCAGUUUAUAAGGAUUUCAUUCCAUCUGUAAACUGCUGGGGGGAACCAAAAUCAUACAAUUCAAAUGGAUUUCCAGCUUCUGCAUCAACCGCUACUCUCCUGUCUAACUGCCUCAAGGAGGCAAAAAAAUUCCCUUUUGGGAAACAGAAAGAAGCUGUCCAAGCUGGAGCAUCUGUAUCAUGCUUACAUCAACCCAGAACAUUCAUCCUUGGAUUUAGUAAGGGUGGAACAGUACUGAACCAGCUAGUAACUGAGCUCGGCUUCUCUGCAUUCAAAUCCUCUGAACAACCAGGCAAUGUAGACAAACAGCUAAUGGCUGGAGGCCAUAUUAAUGUCCCAGACCAGGAUCAGAUAAUACCAACUUCAGCAAAAAGCCUCUUGAACAGCAUAAGCGAGAUCCAUUACGUGGAUGUUGGCCUAAACUCCUCUGGAGCAUACUUAACUGAUGGCGAUGUAAUUGAAAAACUCUCAAAGGGCCUAGCGCAAGGAACUACUGGAAUUCGUUUUAUCCUCCAUGGAACUCCCAGACAGUGGUGUGACAGCAGAAGAGAAUGGAUAAAAAAUGAGAAGGAGAAGCUUCUCCGGCUGCUGAAAUUGGGGUCUGAGAAGAGUGGAGGCAAACUGCAAGUAUGUGAGAGAUUCUAUUUUGCUGAUAAGCCUCCUAGCAUGCAGAUGCAUUUUGAAAUAAUAGAUCAUUUGGAUGUCAGUUGAGUUCUCUGAUCUUGAUGGAAAUGCAUGCUGGCCAGAGUUGGCUUGACGAUUGCUGUACCCACGGGGCACAUUCAAGCGAACAACAGUUGCGUGAUUUUGAAACGUUGAACCUUGUGAAAUGUUGGCUGUUAUUGAUCACAUAGACUAGUAUCUAGUUUUUGAUGUGCAUUGUAUAUUAGUUUUGUGCACAUACAACUAACUUUUAACUGUUGUAGCUGGUUCCAAGAUUAAACAAACAAAGAGAGUGGUUUUAGAUAAUCCGAUAGUCAAUAAUUAAUGUAAAACUCGUUAAAUCAAACAAUAUCUGUUAUAGACAA